AUGUGGACGAGCAAUCGAUGCUGUUAUUGGCAAGGAUGUUCAGAUGUUAUUGGUGGCGUUGGGCAUAUCGUCGAAAUUGAUGAAAGUUCCUGGACCAAGCGGAAGUAUAAUCGUGGCCGAGCAAUUGGUAAUCAAUGGAUAUUCGGUGGCACGAAUCGUGAUACGGGUGAAUCAACAAUGCGUAAGACCUGGUACCACCAUAUACAGUGAUGAAUGGCGAGCAUAUUCAUCACUGUACAGCAACAUCAAUCAAUACAACCAUCUUACGGUGAAUCACUCGCUGUAUUUUGACGAUCCAACCACACAAGUGCACACGCAGAACAUCAAGAAUAUGUGGAUGUGUGCGAAGAUGAAACAGAAGAAUAUGAUGGGGAUGCACAAAUCGUUGUUACAAACCCAUCUAACAGAAUUCAUGUGGCGAAAGAGAUUUAGUGAUCGACCACUCAUACACCUCAUCGAACAAAUUAAAGAUCUGUAUCGUAUACACCACACAUUACGUAUAUACAGAAUAGACACCACAUAUUAUAUAUAACAGAAAAGGAAAAAGAAUUGAUUGGAAGGCAAAAGAGCAAUUGUAUUAAGAGAUUAUACACGACGCGAAGUAUAGAACGAGGACCACAAGUACGGCAAAUAUAUUUACAAACGAAAAAAAACAACACGAAUUAAAAGAAAAGUGAAACCGAAUUAAUUUUCUUUUGGUACCGGAUACAGAUCAUUAAAUUGUUCGAUGAGGU